CCACCAAUAACAAUACUUUCCGUAUAGAGAUCUCUUCUCAAACAAAGGCGAAAGCUACCGAAGUCUGUUUCGAAUCUAUUAGUAUCUUUUCAAAUCAUGGCGAGGAUGAUCGGACCAUUCGAAAUUGUACCGGCGAUUCUUGUUUAUCCGGUGAGGGUUUCAGCUUCGCCUUCUUUGGGGACAAUUUAUGAGGAAGAUGACGAGUAAAAUUUCAUCUUUUUGUUCUAGAUAUCUUUUUGUUUUUCUUUUAAUCCACUACACUGAAAUCAACAUUUCGAGUUAUACCUUGAUAAUAAUCCUUUUUUUUUUUUCUCUUGUACGCAACGGGAUAACAGUAAUAAUAAUAAGUUCAAUGUCGGUUCAUACCUUAGUGUGUGUACAUUAUUUAUGCGAUACACAUUUGUCUAUACUACUAACAGUGUUCUUCU